UGCCCCAGGCCAGUUCCUGUCGCUCAAGGUGGAAUUCACUCAGCGGAUCCGGAUCCGGUGAAUAUAAAAGGUUUUGUCCUGGGCCGGAGUAGCCGCAUCCUGGAAGAGGUAGCCAAGGACCAAGCCUCUCCUGCCAGAGCCAGGCAUGGCCCCCUCGGAAGACCCCAGGGACUGGAGAACCACCCUCAAAGACACCGUGGGCCUGGAGACUAUCUCUGGUGGGAAGCCAGCCCGACCUCAGGCUGUCCCCAUGGCGCAUGUGACUUUCGUCAUUGACUGUGCCCGUGGGAGGCAGCUCUCCCUGGCAGCACCCCCAGCACCGCCCCAAGUCCCCAGUCCCAGCCAGGGCCCUGUUACCCCGGCAGUGAAGACCUACAUUGUGUUCUGCGGGGAUAACCAGGCCCCCACGACUCAGGGCAUCCCCCUGGAGGGGCCGUGCUCUGCCCAGGCCAAGGACACCCUGUCCCCCUGCGCGGGGGCCAAGGCCCCCACCUCCCGCCCCACCAGCCUGUCCAGCCCUCAGGAGCUUCCUAGAGCCAAGGGGGCUCCCCGGAAGGUGGAGGCUGCGGCCUCUUCACCUUGGGGGGCCGUGAAGGGCUCGCUCAAAAAAGCCCUGUCCUCUUGCGUGUGCGGACAGGCCGAUUAGGGCCGACCUCCCUUCCCCAGCCUGGCGGGAGUCUUCCGGCCUGAGCCCGGUGAAGCGCGGGGACUGCAGCAGCCAGGCCAGGGCCGCCACUGUGAUUUCCUGGAGGGGCUCACUUUCUCGGGGUGGGGGAUGGGAGGAUGGAACAAAUAACCAAAUAAAGGCGACUUGGGACAGGGA